AUGGGCGUCGUCACCUCCUCCCCGUUCCCGGAAGCCUUCCAGAGGCUUCUCAAGGAGAUGUCCCGUUCCAAUCAAACCUCUGAGGAUGAAGAUGAAUCUGAGGAUGACGAAGGCCGCUCCUGUUGCUGCCAAGGCCUGAUCCAGCAGAGAAAGAGAAAGGGGGGUGAAGUCACAUCUGCUAAAGGGUUUAACGCUGGUGGUUCAAAGCUAGUUAUGUUUGUUGUGUUUAAGUGGAAAAGCGUUUCUGAUUUUUCUGUCUUGCUUAUCGAAUGGAUAUUUCAUUUGACUGUAGCGCUUGCUCCCCCUCUGAAACCUCCAAUUCCGGUUGGCAAUAUCAGCCACUCGCCGCCCCAGCCCGAUCCUCCUGACCCACCCGACCCUCUCCAAUUUCCCCCUCUCCCUUCUCCUUUCUCUGGUGGCCAAAAACCCCCAAAACGGUGCGCCUUCUCCCCCCUCUCCCUCAACUCCACUGUUCCCCCUGUUCCAAUUACCUCUACCCCGCCGUCUGGCACUGCAGUGACCCCUGUCUUUGGUUCUCUGCCAGCUACUACCACCUCUGCGGCCCAACUUUUGGCUGCUUACUCCCCAAAUCCUUUUUGUGGAGUUGAAAACCCUAGAUCUGGUUCAUCUACAGUACCCCAAGGUCCUUCUAUAACUCAAAAACCAAAGUUACUAUCAAUCGCACUCUCCGGCGAUUGUCUCCCCAAAACUUCUCUCCGUCAGAGGUCUGAGCACCCAGAAGACUACUCUCCAUCGCUCCAAAGAAUUCAACUAUGGGCUCACCUAAAGAGAGUUCCCUUUGAACUUAUGUACGAUGUUGGGUUAAGCCAUAUUGCUGGCCAAAUAGGUGACCCAAGAGAAACUGAUGAUUGGACGCUAAGUCUGAUAAGCAUCAGCAUUGCCCAUGUCAGAGUGGAGAUUGAUACUACCAUUCCACUCCCUUCUCAAGUGGAAGUAGGAAGGUCCAAUGGAACUUUUGUCACUGUUGAUGUUGAAUACCCCUGGAUGCCUCCCUCUUGUGCGCAUUGCAAAGAAGUGGGUUAUAUCCAACGUCACUGCCCUCUCCUCCCCCCACCUACUGCCCUCACUCCCAAACAGAAUCCCCCACCCAAAAGCCCCAACACUCAACCCCCAUCCUCCUCUCACCCUCCUAAAAAAGCCAACCCCUCUAAUAAGUUUUGCUUCUCCUGUCGUACUAUGGGUCACCUCAUGAAUAACUGUCCAAAAGGCCCACAAGAUUGGACUCUUGUAAACCGAAGAAAACCACCACCCGCAGUUGAUCCUCAAACCACCCCACCUCUAGCUCAAAUCCCCCUCCCCACCUCUAACUCGCAGUCUGGUCCCACCCCCAUUCCUGCUCCCUCUGUUCAUAGCCAAAAUCCCCCCGCUUCCCCCUCCUCUACUCCCGCCGCUUCUUCUCCCCAAGUUGAUAUUGCAAUUGAUCCUCCUUCGAUGGAAAUCGAUACACCAAGUCCUACUAAAGAAACUAUCAUUGACUGCUCUGACAUGGAUUCCUCAUCUGCUGAAGUCUUUGUCCUUGCCCUCCCGGCAGUCUUCAAAGAUAGACCCAUCAUUAUCUCAAACAACCACCUCCCUCCUAAAAAACCUUCAACCCUCUCCCUAAACCCCUUUUGCACUCUUCCAUCAGAUACUCCCACCCAUCACCCCACUCAAGACCUUCCUCUCCCCGCGUUACCUCCUCCCUCUUCCAACCCUGAACCCUCCCCCCUCCAAAUCCAAACCCAAGCCCCCUCAUCUCCCAAAUCUUCAACUCCCGUACCCUCUUCUUUUGUGCCUUUACCCGAGUCUACUCCUUCUGGGGUGACUCAAAACCCCUCUUAA